CGCACAGAAUGCCACACAAGAUUGGAUUUGUGGUUGUCAGCUCCUCUGGACAUGAAGACGGCUUCAGUGCCCGGGAGCUCAUGGUCCACGCACCAACUGUCAGUGGGUGGAGGUCGCCCAGAUUCUGCCAGUUUCCACAAGAACUUGUUCUCCAGAUGGUGGAGAGAUGUCGGAUAAGAAAACUGCAAUUGCUUGUACACCAGUACAUGAUUUCAAGUAAAAUUGAGUUCUACAUCAGUGAGAGCUUGCCCGAGUACUUUGUACCAUAUCAAGCAGAGCGAUUUCGAAGACUUGGCUAUGUCCCUCUCUGCGAUAACAAGAAGACGGGCUGCAAGGCCCGGGAACUGAAGUCGGUGUACGUGGACGCAGUAGGCCAGUUUCUGAAGCUGAUAUUUCACCAAAACCACAUCAACAAAUACAACAUAUACAACCAGGUUGCUUUGGUUGCAAUAAAUAUAAUUGGAGACCCUGCAGAUUUCAGUGAUGAAAACAACAUUUCCUCUAGAGAGAAGCUGAUUGACCACUAUCUCGGGCACAACACCGAGGAUCCAGCUCUGGAAGGAACUUAUGCUGGGAAAUCUGACUAUAUUUCUCCACUAGAUGACUUAGCUUUUGAUAUGUACCAAGACCCAGAAGUUGCCCAGAUUAUACGCAAAUUAGAUGAGAGAAAACGUGAAGCUGUCCAGAAGGAGCGCUAUGAUUAUGCCAAGAAACUGAAGCAAGCCAUUGCUGAUUUGCAAAAGGUUGGCGAGCGCCUGGGGAGGUAUGAGGUGGAGAAGCGCUGUGCGGUGGAGAAGGAGGACUACGACCUCGCCAAGGAAAAGAAACAGCAGAUGGAGCAGUACCGCGCCGAGGUGUAUGCACAGCUGGAGCUGCACAGCCUCCUGGACACUGAGCUGAUGCGAAGACCUUUUGACCUGCCCCUCCAGCCCCUUGCUCAUUCUGAUAGUCCUCACCAUCAGAAGCCAGUGCCCCCACUGCCACCCCUGGAAGAAAGAGGAGCAGAAAACCACUUUGCAGAGCCUUUCCUUCAAGAAAAGACUCUGUCACAUUCUCUGAGUAUUUCUCCUCAGCAUUCUGCAGUGGACCAGUUGCUGCCUGCCACGAAUGCUCAUCUAAAGGUCGGUGUGGAGUCCCUGCCCUAUGACGAGCGGCCUCUCCCAGCCAUCCGCAAGCAGCAGGGAGAGGCGCUGGCAGAACCUGAAAUGAGUGAGGCAGAUGUCAGCGAUACUCGGAGAGGAGGCCUUUCAGGGGAGCCCGAGCCCCUAACAGAGCAGGCCUCGAGGGAGGCCAGCUCCGCCAUUGACGUGUUGGGAGAAACCUUGGUUGCCGGGGCCUAUUCCAAGACAUGGUCCUGCCGAGAGGAUGCACUGCUUGCUCUGUAUAAAAGGCUGAUGGAAUUGCCUGUGGGAACCCCAAAGGAAGAUUUAAAGAACACACUGAGAGCAUCCAUCUUUCUCAUUAGAAGAGCCAUAAAGGACAUUGUGACCUCAGUCUUUCAAGCUUCUUUGAAACUGUUGAAAAUGAUCAUUACGCAAUAUAUUCCUAAACAUAAGCUGAGUCGGCUUGAGACAACUCACUGUGUGGAAAGGACUGUCCCCGUUUUGCUCACCAGAACCGGAGAUUCUUCUGCCCGGCUCCGUGUCACAGCUGCGAAUUUUAUCCAGGAGAUGGCCUUGUUUAAGGAAGUUAAGUCUCUCCACAUUAUUCCGUUCUACUUGGUGCAGCCGCUGAAAGCAAACUCCUCGGUUCACCUGGCAAUGAGCCAGAUGGGUCUCUUGGCCCGGCUGCUGAAGGACCUGGGCACCGGCAGCUCGGGCUUCACCCUGGACAGUGUGAUGAAGUUUUCUGUGAGUGCCCUGGAGCACAAAGUGUAUGAGGUCCGAGAGACAGCAGUCAGGAUUAUCUUGGACAUGUACAAACAGCACCAGGCUUUUGUCCUCGAGUACCUUCCUCCAGAUGACAGCAACACGCGCAAGAAUGUCCUUUACAAAACAAUCUUUGAGGGAUUUGCUAAAAUAGAUGGCAAACCUACAAAUGCUGACAUUAGGGCACAGAAAAAAGCGGCUACAGAAGCAGCAGAAAAACAAAAGAAAGAAGAAAUGAAAGCUUUGCAAGGGCAGCUGGCAGCACUGAAGGAAGUUGAGACUGAAGGCCAGGUAAAGGAAAGCAAUGCUGUGACACCCAAGAGUCAGGACCCUCAAGGAAGGAAAGCAGCCCCUCCUGCCGCCCCAGAAAUCCCAGAUAGCCAUUAUUUAGACAACUUGUGUAUCUUUUGUGGAGAGAGGAGCGACUCCUUCACAGAGGAAGGCCUGGACCUCCACUACUGGAAGCACUGUCUCAUGCUGACAAGAUGUGCCCACUGCAGACAGGUGGUCGAGAUAUCCAGCCUGACAGAGCACCUGCUGACAGAAUGUGACCAGAGGGACAGGUUUGGAAAGUGUUACCGCUGCAGCGAGGCUGUUCUGAAGGAAGAGCUGCCCGGGCACAUCAAAGCCAAGGACUGUAACCCUGCCAAACCGGAAAAGCUGGCAAACCGAUGUCCUCUGUGCCAUGAGAACUUCACACCCGGAGAAGAGCGCAGCCCCACCCCUGGCCUCUCGGCUCCCUACUGCAAAGCCAGCAGAAAACGCUGCUGCUCCAGCCUGCUGAGACGAGUCCUCAAGGGAACCAUGAACCCGCGCAAGACAGGUGUUCUACAGAAGACCCAGGUGCUGCUGCCAGGUAAAGGCUCAGCAGUGGCCACAGCAGCCGCCUCGGGGCCCAGGGCUGGGAGCAAGAUCCCCACCCCACGGGCGGGCCUGAGCAAGAGCUCCGGCAGGACAUACACAAAGCGGUGACACGGGCAGCAGCUGCUCCAGCUCCAGAGGGGACCACGCCAUCUCCCGCUUCCAAGCACUUCUCCCUGGGACUCUCCUUGGCGACCCCGGGCUCCGGCCUGCUGUCCCCGCUCCCAGCCACACGUGGCCUCUCAGGUGUCUGCGCCCUGUCGCCGCUUGUGCAGAUGACAGCGGAACUGACCAAAGAAGCCGUGCCAGAGCCGAGACCCCAGCACACCCCAGGUUGAGCGCUCGGGUUCUAACCUGCAGACUUCAUUUGGCCCAAGAGUUAGCAUCUGUGGAGGCCGGGAGGCGCUGCCCACAGGCUGGCACAGGCGGGUGUCCGCCUAUCUUGAGUGCUGAGAGGAGUUCUGUGAAGAUUCACGCCAGCCUUUUGCAUGCUGGCCUUUUCCGACGUGGUACGGUGCUCCCGGAGUGACAGCAUGCACGGGCCUCCAGCUGUGCCUUCUCCCAAGGCCUAUCUGCUUGGUUUUCUGCCUGGUGCACUCAGUCACCAUAGCAGGAUCUCGGGAUCUCAGAACUCACACUUCCACUCUAACAAGAAAUAAAGGUAAAAGAAAAUCUGAAGAAAACAUUAGUUCCUAGGACUGGUCCCACCCCUGCAUGCACCUUGCUAGAUGCUUCUUAUAUCAGCUGUCUCUGCUCGAGGCUUCCCCCACGCAACCCCCAUAGGUACUAAGGGUGACACAGGAGUGGCCCAUGUCACACCUUUGCUCAGGGUGCUUCAUAGUUGCCACCCUUGCAAAUUCCUUAAAAAAGUAAUCUUAAGUGGCUCUCUACCCGGUCCCCAGUGUCUCCCAGCUGCCGCCAUGUGUUAGUCACAACUCCCCUUUCUUUUUUCUGUUUUCUGUUUUCUUUUUUUUAUUGACUCGGAGUCUCAAUCUGUCACCCAGGCCUGAGUGCCAUGGCACAUGCACGGCCACUCCAACAUCAACCAGCUGGUCUCCGGCGA